GGGCGGCAAUGAGCAGGAGCAGGAGCAAUGAACGCUGCUGCAUCUUUCCGAAACCGUUGCCUGCUGCAGUUGCAGCACUGCUCAAUCACUCCAUUUUUUGCUGCAUGAGCGUUGCGCGACCGCGACGCGCCAUCUCCGUGCGAAGCAGUGUGCGUGCGCGGCCGGUUUAUCCGUGCUCUGAGGCUGGACCUUGGCCUCGAGGCGGACAGGAUCAAAAUCAUUACUCUUCGCCCUCUCCCUUCACCCUGCUCCCUCCUCAAGUGUGAACGCUGCUGUAUGUUUCAGAAACCGUUGCCUGCUGCAGAUGCAGCACUGUUCAAUCAUUCGAUCUUGCUGCAUGAGCGUCGCGCGACCGCGACGCACCAUCUCCGUGCGAAAAAUGUGCGUGCGCGGCUCAUCCGUGCUCUGAGGCUGGAACUUGGCCUCGAGGCGGACAGGAUCAAAAUCAUCACUUUUCUCCCUCUCCCUUCACCUUGCCCCCUCCUCAAGUGUGAACGCUGCUGUAUCUUUCAGAAACAGUUGCCUGCUGAAGUUGCAGCACUGUUCAAUCAUUCGAUCUUGCAGCAUGAGCGUUGCGCGACCGCGACGCACCAUCUCCGUGCGAAAUAGUGUGCGUGCGCGGCUCAUCCGUGCUUUGUGGCUGGACCU